UCUUUGGUCCGGACCAAUCGCUGGCGGCUUGGCGGCGGCGGCAAGAUGGCGGCGGUGAGCGGGAGGUUGGCGGCGGCGGCGGCGGCGGCGGCCCGCAGAGGGUGGCUUCCAUUCCAAGUUGUCGUGCGUCAUGGAUCUAAAGCAGUGACCCGCCAUCGCAAGCCCAUACACAUCCUGCGGCAGAAGUUGUUGGCUGUCACGGAAUAUAUGCCUCCAAGGCCUGCCGUCCCAGAGAGAUGCAUCAAACCUUGGGAGCAAGAUGUUCAUGAGCCAUCUAUCUUGGAGAAACUGAUACGGCGUGAUGUGGAAUUCACAUUCCAAGAGAAUAAAAUGAUAGCAGUUUUCCAGAACAGCUCCAUCAAUUCGGAGGACCUGCGGCUUCUUCGACAUCGAUUAAUGAAACACGACAUCCGCAUGAAGUUUUUCCCAAAUCGGGUUAUGCGAUCAUAUCUAACAGACACCAAAUACAAGAACCUGCUGCCUUUGUUUAUUGGUCGCAAUAUCAUUCUUGUCAGUAAGGAGCCCAAAACAAAAGAGAUGCUUCAGAUUGUGCGCAGUUCAACUCAGAUCAGCUUACUGGGUGCUUGUAUUGAAGAUGCCCUCUUCAGUAGACAGGGAGUGGUGAAAUAUUCCAGGCUGCCAGGAAUGCAGGUGAUCCGCGGGGAGGUAGUAAGUGGCCUGACUCAGAUUACCUCUCAGACAUGCCAGCUGCUGAACAAUGGACCUAUGCUUCUCACUAACUUACUGGAGCAAUACUUGAAACAGCAGAGUGAGGCUGUCACGGGACUGAAAGAGUCUGCAACGAUGGAGCAGAAGGAAACGCAGGAAAGCCUAGGAUCUUAAUGCACCCAGAACAUUAGGACAAAAAGCUAAGUUUGAAUCUCAAAGUUCUAAUACUGAUUUUAAAUAUUAGUUGCGAUCCUCCAUCUGUGUAUGUUCAAUUUGUAGGGUUCAAACGUGGUUUGAAGCAGAAAAAAGGGACAAAUAUGUCUGUUUGCACUCAGAUGUAAAGGACUAUUGGCUGACGCAACAGUCUUGUGGCUCCAAUCUUUUUAAUAGCCUUCUGUAUCACUGUAAAAGGCCUCAUAUUCUGCAUGAUGACAAAUGAAAACAAAUAUAUGAAUAUUCAGAUAAUCAUACCAUAACCAUUUAAACCAAAUGUGUAUGUUCCCUUUGCAGGGAUAAUUUAAUCAGUUGUGUAUUCCAGUUCAGUAAGGACCAAUUGUGAAAUUUGGCCCAAUGUUUGUUUGAACAUAGAACGGUACAGCACAGGAAAAGGGCCUUCGGCUCAGUGGCUAUGCGAAUAUGAUGCAAAAACACACUCUUAUCUGCCUGCACCUAAUCCAUAUCCUGCCAUUCCUCGCAUAUCAAAAGUCUCUUAAAUCCCAUUAUCGUAUGUGGUUCCACCAUUAUCCCAGGAAGUGCAUUUUAGGCAUUUAUUGUGUAAAAAUAAAACUUGCCCCACGCGUCUCCUUUGAACUUUCCCUCUUACCUCAAAUCUAUGCCUUCUGAUAUUUUAUAGUUUCAUCCUAGCAAAAUGCUUCUGACUGCCUACCCUAUCUAUGCCCUCAUAAUUGUAUAUACUUCUUCCAGCUUUCCCCGCAACUUCUGGCAUUCCAGAGAAAACAAUCCAAAUCUGUCCACCCUCUCCCUGAAGCUAAUAUCCCCUGAUCCAUGCAUCAUUCUGGUAAGUCUCCUCUGCGCCCUUUCCAAAGCCUCCACAUCCCUCCGGUAUUGGGAUGACGAGAAUUGCACACAAUACUCUAAAAACCACCGAACCAACAUCCCAUAUAACUACAUCAUGACUUCCUGAUUCUAAUACUCAGUGCCCUGACCAAUAAAAACAAGCUUAGCAUAUACCUCUUUACCGAGCUAUAUACUUGUGUUGGCACUUUCAGGGAGUUAAGGGUCUGUCCCACUCACGCGAUAUUUUUCGGCGACUGCCGGCACCCAUCAUAGUCGCAGCAGGUGGCCAGAAAUUUUCAACAUGUUGAAAAUGCAGCGGCGACCAGAAAUAGGUACGACUCUUUGGGCGGCUACUCACGACCAUAAAGGCGUAACAUGUUGCCGAAAAAAUCAUGUAUGUGGGACAGGCACUUUAUGAACAUGGAUCCCAAGAUCCCUUUAUACAUCAAUGCUGUUAAGGGUCUUGCCCUUAAUUGUAUAUUUUCCCCAUACAUUCAACCACGGAAAGUGCAAACCCUCACACUUGCUCGGAUUAAAUUCCACCUGCCCUUUCUCAACACACUUGUGUGGCUGAUUUAUAUCCCGCAGUAUACUUUGGCAGUCUUCCUCGCUGUACGCAAAGCCACCAACCUUGGUGUCACCUGCAGAUUUAACAACCUGUCUACGAUUGAUUCAUGACUCCGAGUGGAGGCUACAAAUUUAAAAAUAAGGCUGGAUAUUUGAAAGAGUUGGAAAUGUACAACACAUUUGAACUGGAAACCAGAUUAAUUUUUCUCAAGGAAUAUUCCAUAUUUUUGGAGUUUAUGUUUGUGUUGCCAUCCAGUGUUUUCUGUUAUUAUUUUAUUUAUGAUUCGAUGGACAUUAGUGAACAGUGCCAUAAACUGGGUAUACAAAUGUAUUGUUCAACACUGUUGGAAUAAAGUGUAAAACCUAGUGAACCAUA